AGUAUUGUCAGUCAGUGAAUGACAUUGACAACUGACAAUUAAUAUUUGAAUUGUCACCGGCCGAUCGCGGAAUCUAAGGGUCCAAGUAAAGAAAAAACGUAAAUUCUCGAAAUUUUACUAUUAUUUUAAUCAUUUUCUUUCUCAGUAGACUUUACAAUUAUUUUAAAAGUCAGUUUAAUUUAACAGUUGCACAUUGAACUGUAUGUACUACAAUUUUUUGUCUACAAGGUAUAAUUAUUUUUUGUAAUACCGUGAGCGUUAGUUGAAUUUUGAGGUACUGUAUAUAACAGCACCUUUCUGCCAUGGACUUAGAGGAUGACAUAGAAUUCAGUAAUGACGAAGAAGAAAUUACAGCAGAUACAGUAUUAAAAACUCUCCAAAGUGCUUGGCAAAACGAGCGUUUAGCACCGGAAAUACUUCCACACCGUAAUGACAUGGUUGAAUGUAUGCUUGGACAGAUCCAGCACAUGGAGAGGAAUAUAAAUAAAUUACCGAAAACAGAUCUUCGCGCUUCUAUUCACAAAAUGGAACUUAGUAGAAUUAAGUUUAUCAUAUGUAAUUACCUCAAAACUAGGUUAAAUAAAAUUGAAAAAUAUUGCAUUCCAAUUUUAAAUGAGGAGAAACAACGUAUAGAUUCGGGAACUAAUUAUUUAACACCUUCAGAAUAUAAAUAUGCACAGGAAUAUUUACUAAACUUGGAAAGCCAUUUAAAAACAGUUGUUUUAAAUAAGGUUCCCAACAAUAUGCAAACAUUUGAAAUGAGUAAAAUGGCUGUUUAUCCAAAUUUACAAACCCAUGUAUUUUUACAAGCAAAUGAGACUGUCAAUGGAGUAGUGUUAGAAGAUAUAUUUGGUGAUCAGGAUGAAGAAAUUGAUUUAGAAGAGGGAUCUCAACAUAUACUGCAGUACAAACCUAUAGCAGAUUUAGUUAAAAAUGGUAAAGUACAAUUAAUUUGACAUAAAAUUUAUAAAAAGGAACAUUUAUGGAAUAUAUAUCAAAUUUAUACAAAUACCGUUAUUAAAAUUACAUGAAAGUGUUCUUAUGUAAACUCUAAGAGUUACUGUAUACAGUUAGGUUUGAAUUUAUACAAUUCCAGACAAUUAUUAUCCACAAUUUCAUAUAUAAAUAUUGUAAAUAAUUGCUAUAUUACAUGACAUUCAAUGAUUUAUGAGGUACUAUUAAAUAUUUAUGAGUCAAGAAAAUAAAUUUUGUAGCCUUUACAUCAUCAGACUGUUUUUUAUAUGAAGGUUUACAUUAUUUUCUUUAUUUACCUCAUAUUCAUGGAUGAAAAUUGUUUAAUAGCAAUAUACUGAUGGAUUUCAUAUUAUAUAUUUGUACAUAUCGUUUUCAUAUUUUUUAUAUAGUUCUUAGACUAACCCUGUAGUGCUGACAGCAAGUGCUAACCUUCUUAUUGGAAGGAUUAAAAUGGAAUUAAACAAUAUUAAUAUCCCAUUAUUUUAAAAUCGGAAAUCUAAAUUCAAAUAAAAUAAACUCAAUUAUGUAAUUAAUUUAAUAAAUAAUAAACAGAUUAGUAACAAAAUAAAAUUUAUUUAUUGAAAAAACCACAAUAAUUCGAAAUGUUAACUAAAAUACUCGGCUCGGCA